GAAAUAGUUCUUCAUGAGGUUGUUGUUCUGUCCUCCGAGAAAUUGAAAGUGUCAAAUCAGACAGAGAUCCAAACUAAACGACUAUCCGAAAAGAUUAAUCUACAAAACAUCUUCAGGUGUUGUACACUGAGCCUGCUCUGGCUCACUCAUGUUGGAGCUGGAGACCGUGGAUCAAACCUGACACAACAUGGCAUGUGUAGAUGAACCUCCAGAGAAGCACUGCUGGGUUUGUUUUGCCACGGAGAAGGAGGAUCGUGCUGCAGAAUGGGUCAGUCCGUGCCGCUGUAAGGGCUGCACUAAGUGGAUCCAUCAAUCAUGCUUACAGCGUUGGCUUGACGAAAAACAGAAGGGAAACAGUGGUGGAGCCGUCAGCUGCCCGCAAUGUGGCACUGAAUAUCAUAUAGUUUUCCCCAAAAUGGGGCCUCUGGUGUACUUCCUCCAGCAGGUGGAUCGAGCUCUGUCCCGGGCAAGUCCGUUUGCUGCGGCUGGAGUCGUGGUGGGCACCGUUUAUUGGUCAGCCGUGACCUACGGCGCCGUCACGGUUAUGCAGGUGGUGGGGCAUAAGAAGGGUCUGGAUGUGAUGGAGCGUGCGGAUCCUCUCUUCCUGCUCAUGGGUUUACCCACCAUCCCCGUCAUGCUGGUACUGGGGAAAAUGAUCCGCUGGGAGGAUUACGUGGUGCGGCUCUGGCAGCGACACUCUUCCAAGCUUCAGAUCUUCAGUGGGCUUGUACCUGGGAUGAGUCGUGCUCUGCCCCGUGCCCCAGCAGAAGGCGGAUACGGAGGAGACCAUCUCUCUGUGUCUCGCACCCUGUGUGGAGCGCUCAUCUUCCCCUCCAUCGCCAGCCUGGUGGGUCGUCUCCUGUUCCGCAGAGUCACGUCAAACCUGCAGCGCACCAUCCUGGGUGGCAUUGCCUUCGUGGUGAUUAAGGGAGUCCUGAAAGUGUAUUUCAAACAGCAGCAGUACCUCAUCCAGGCCAACAGACACAUCCUGAAUUACCCUGAGCCCGAGGGACGAGCAGACGGCGCUGUGGAGGAUGACAACGAAGACAGUAGCAAUGAAUGAAGAGGAUGCACUUGAGGAAAUCAACUAAGGAACUGUAGUAUAUGAUUCGCAGAAUAAAAAUACAUAUUUACGGAUGUUUCAAGACAUAAUUUUUCAGCUUCACAUGGCUCUAAUAUAGCACAAACACAUUUGCUAUGUGUUAUUAUAAUGCAAUGAUGGAUGAAAUUCUUUCAGCUGUGAGAAACUCUUGCUGGGGUGUUGAAGUCCUUGUAAUAGCGAAAUGCAACUUCAGAUGGCGCCAAAACAAAGCUGGAAACUGCACGGUGCACUGAUGUCUGGUGAAGAAAGACAUUGUUAUUUAUGCUGCAAAUGUACCAGCAGAAUCAUGGAAUGAGAGUUUAUUGAACCUAAGGCAAUACACACUUGCUCUUUAAAGGCAAUUACUAAUAAAGAUAAUACACCCAGAAACUUUGACUUUGAUGCAUUACUGUAAGCAUUUUUUGAUAAAGGUGGUA